AUGGCCAAGGGAAAGGCUAAGGUUGAUGUUGUUGCACCUUCCCGUGAGAGGUCCUUGAAUUGGCAUGAGCAUCAGUCAAAGUACCACAAAGAAAAUUGGAAGUACAUUGCAACAGCUCUGAGGAAUAGUGGCAACACAUUUGAUGAAACCAGAUGCAUGGUGAUUGUUUCAGAAUCUGAGAAAGCAGAAUUAUCUGACAGAGCAAGACGCCUGCUUGCUAAGCCCAUCAAGUUCUACUAUGAGAUGAGAGAACUAUUCAUAGGAUCCAAUGCUGAUGGAUCUUUGGCUAUGGACCAAAACACAUGCAUGGAUGCUGAUGAUGGCUCAGAUAGUGAUGAAUCAAGAGAACUAAUUGACCUCAAUUGCUACACACAGCCUGAAGAUCUAGAAGGUGAGGAUUCAGACACUUUGCCAACUCCAACCAGACAUGCUACAUUUGAUAACACAUCUUCCAGCACUAGUGAAGCUAGGAGGAAGCGUCCAAGAGCCAAUAAGUCACCAACUAAGAAACCAAGAAACAAGAGCCGUUUUGCAGGUUCCACUGAUGAAAUAACUGCUACAAUGAAGUCACUUCGGGAAACACUUGCUGCCACUGCCCCUCCCCAAAUGCCACAGCUUACUGAUCCUCAUGCACUAUUAUGGCAAAAGCUAGAGGCAAUCCCAAUAACACCAGAUCAGAGGGUUCUUAUUGGUGAACAUUUGUCUACCAAGGAGAAUAAAGGUAAGCGUGGCUGGUUAUGUAAUGCAAGCGCCGAUACUCUAAAUGCUUGGGUGUUCAAGUUCUUAUGUGAUAGAGAAGGCUUUAACCUGUGA